UGUAAUUUACUUCUACAGAAGAAAUUUGAAAUUCCACGUUUUGUUAUUAUGGAGAUGUAAAUAGAACCAGAUAUGCACCUUAAUUUUCGAUAUUAUUCUUGUAGAAAUUGCUUCCUUGUUGUCUGGGGCGGAUUUUGGCUAUUUUUACUGUGCACAUGACCUCAUGGUCUUCCCACUAAACUAGAUAGUUCCUUAAUCUGUAGCAGGUCCCACCCCCGUGCGGUUGCUUCAUAUCCAUAAAAAAUGCAUGGUUUUAAGAAGUCUCCUUUACAUUGGAAUGCUAGAAAAAACUCUACAGAUCCUGCAUUCCAUGGUAAAUCUGGGUCAAAUCCCUUUGAUUCUGAUGAUGAAUCUGACAAGAAGCAAACAGUCAAACCAAGGAGAACAUCAUCAGAGCCUUCUGUAGCGACCCCAAAUUUGAGUGCAAACCCUUUUGAUGAUGAAGAAAUUAAAGAGACUCCUUCACGUGCUUACUCAACUUCGACAGCAAGAAAUAAAUACAAGAAUGAUUUCCGGGAGUCUGGAGGAUUUGAAAACCAAACUGUAGAGGAAUUGGAAGACUAUGCUGUAUACAAGGCUGAAGAGACUACAAAGUCUGUUAACGGCUGCCUGAAGAUUGCAGAAGAGAUGCGUGAGGAUGCAACGAAAACAUUGAUCACCUUACAUCAACAGGGAGAACAAAUUACAAGAACCCAUAUGACUGCAGCCGACAUUGACCAUGAUCUUAGCAGGGGUGAAAAACUCGUGGGAAGUCUUGGGGGCAUCUUUUCUAAGACUUGGAAGCCAAAGAAGAAUCGCGCAAUUACAGGACCCGUUAUCACAAGAGAUGAUCCAGUUCAAAGAAGGGGGAACCACUUGGAGCUGAGGGAGAAAUUAGGAUUGAGCUCUGCACCUAAGGCAAGGUCAAGUUCACGAACACCACCCCAAGAACCUGCGAAUGCACUGCAGAAAGUUGAGCUUGAGAAAGCAAAGCAAGAUGAUGGCCUAUCAGAUCUCAGCAACCUGUUGGUGGACCUCAAGAAUAUGGCUAUGGACAUGGGAUCUGAAAUUGAGAGGCAAAACAAGGCAUUGGAUCAUGUUGAAGAUGAUGUUGAUGAGAUUGCUUUCAGAGUUAAAGGAGCCAACCAGAGGAUUCACCGUUUGCUUCGAAAGUAAACCAGUAGACGUCUGUUGGACCUGCUACUGAGCUUUGGGAUGUCAACUUGCUUCAGUUCCUUAUCCUUUCAACUCUUCUGAGUUCUUCACAAAUCCCCCUUUCUGUUAAUAUUUUGUUAUUGUAAAUUUUGAUUGUACUUUAUAUUAUGCAUUUACACAACUCUAUGACACUAAACCAAAAUUAUCGUGUGAUAUUGGAAAGCAGUUCAACAAAUUGCUAUCCGCAUAAUUCUUAUCAGUAGUAUUGAUACUAUUCUUGUAUUUUUGUAUUCAUAGAUCUUUGUUAUUACACGUUGUGCCAUUUGCUUCUGU